GACGGACGCGAGGGUCGUUGAGGUUGCCGGUAGUUACAGCCAUUUUGCUGCUGGGGGGUCCUGAAACCCGGCAGCCGCCGCCGCCGGGAGAACUAUAAAAGGCGGGAGGGCAGUAGGAUGUUACGACUACGUUGCAAGGCCCGGAGUGGCUCUUAUCCUCUGCCCGGAUUCACAGUACAGUCUCGCCUGUGCGAGCUCCAGGCUGCGCUCGUCUCCCUCACUGGGGUGCCCGUCCAGGCCCAGCGCUUGCUGCUCGGUUUCCCCCCGUGCGGCAUCGACCUCAGCGACGGGGAGCGGUGCCUUGGAGAGCUUGGCAUUCACUCGGGUGAUACUCUAAUAGUUGAAGAAGAUACAACCAUGUUGAAGACUGGGUCACCCAUUGUUACAAAACGGACUGUUCCUAUCUCAGUCAGGGAACCUCUCCCUGUGCUUGCCCGCAAGGUUGUUCCAGCAGAUAACUCCUGCCUCUUUACCAGCAUAUACUAUGUGGUAGAAGGUGGUGUUUAUGACCCAGCAUGUGCCCCAGAGAUGAGAAAUCUCAUAGCUCAGAUAGUAGCAAGUGAUCCAGAAUCCUAUAGCGAGGCGGUACUAGGGAAAACCAACCAGGAAUACUGUGAAUGGAUCAGAAGAGAAGAUACAUGGGGAGGUGCAAUUGAGGUUUCCAUUUUGUCUAAAUUUUAUCAAUGUGAAAUUGGUGUAGUGGACACUCAGACAGUCAGAAUUGAUCGAUUUGGGGAAGAUGCUGGUUAUUCUAAACGGGUUCUUCUAAUUUAUGAUGGUAUUCAUUAUGAUCCACUUGAACGUAAAAUCCCCAACUCAGACAUACCUCCCCAGACAAUUUUUUCAGCAUCGGAUGACAUUGUCCUUGCACAGGCUAUGGAGUUAGCAGAUGAAGCCAGAAGAAAGCGACAGUUUACUGAUGUAAACCGGUUUACAUUGAGAUGUAUGGUGUGUCAGAAAGGAUUGACAGGGCAAGCGGAAGCCAGAGAACAUGCCAAGGAGACAGGACAUACCAACUUUGGAGAAGUGUGAAUUUUGUGUGAGGCUGGUCAUAUCUACUACCUCACUGAUCCAGAACAAGCCUCCAGGUUUUUAUCUAAGCUGUAUGUAAUCAUAAGAAUCCAUUUGAAGCUUGAAAGCCCCAAUAACUUAAUUAUGGCUGCACACAGGUUUACUGUGGCUAGUAUGAGAUGUUUACAAGGGUGUAUGCAGUGGUGUUGCAUCUUCCAUCUGGUUUGAAGUGUUUUCUUUUUUAGGAUCUGGGAGAACUAGAGAUAGCUGUAUCCAAUCUUGAAAGAAUUUGAAUAGCUGAUACAGGACGUCCCCCGUGACACAACUGAAUAUAUGCAUACUACUGAAGCUAGCUAGACAACAUACAGGAUUUUAGAAUCACUGAUGGAAUAAAAAAAUCUCAACUUGGUUACUGAGUUCUUGAUUAGUCUAUUAAAUAGUUAAGUUGAUCUCCAUUCAAAUUUGGCAAGAUUACUUGUGUGUCAGCUCUGUUCUUGGAAAAUGUUGAGCAAAUUAGCUGCACAAUUGCCUCUUUAACAUAAGUUAUCCCAGAGCUGGUAUGUUUUAAAUUACUGAAUGAGUGCUCACAAUCUGGGGAAACCGAUAAAGAGCCUUCACUUGAAGCUAGUAUUUUCAGAGUUCUCAAGCAGUCAAUAAGCUACUAUUGAGCUUAUGUAUUUCAUCAAUAGUAUUUAAUUUAUUGAUAACAAUUACAUUUUAAGCAGUUUGCUGCUUGGAGGCUAAUAUACAUCAAUGGCAUCUUUUUUAAAAAUGGAAAACUUAAUCAGAUUUUAAAAAAUAUUCUUAUUUAAUUUUAUCUUUAAGGUGUAAAAUGGGGCCUGUUACAUGAGCCCCAAAUUGCCACUUGCCAUUUGUGCUUAAUGAGACUUUAUGGGUCAGAAUGGUAUGCUUCUACAUAAGGCCUCCAUUUUUUCUUCUUCUAAGUAUGGCACUGCCAGACCCUGAUGACUGCUGUGUGACUCCUAGGUGCACUUCCAAAAAUGCUGAUUUUCUGGCAUAGGCCUGAGGAAAAGGGAUUAGCCAGCUUUUUUCAUGCUGUACUGCCAGCUGGCAUCAGUGUUUCUCACUAAGAAUGGAAAUUCUGAUCUGCAUCCAGCAUCAUUGCAUGAUUACCAUUGCCAGAUAUAAAUUUCUAGUUGCUGUUAGUAAUCUGGCAUCUGGAAGUUCUACACUCUGAUUUCAUUCUCAUUUCAUCAUAUGGCUGACUGGCAUAACCUUGUAACUUCUGAAGCCCUGAACUAGUUAGAUUAUCACUUGUUAUAAGCUAUUUUAAUACACAGACACUUUGGGAGUUGGGUCUUCAAGUUACUUUGGUGUCACUGUUGUGUCCAGUUGUAAGAUGCUACAUGGUUUUAAUGACUUGAGUGCUAUUUGUUAGACUUUUCUAUUUUAGUGAAAUACUGUAGUUUAGUUCCUUUACAAAACAUACCUGAAUGCACUACAUCAGAUGGCUUCCAGAUGCCAGAAAGAUUGUUGGAUUCCAAGUUAGUUUAAAAUUUAAAAAGUCAAGUGUGGAAAGGUUGGGGGGGGGGGACCCAAUCUGGUUUACAAAAGUAGUGUUGCCACUGUGUGUGUUUAAAAUGUCUUUGAGUGCUACAGCACUGGAAGUCACACCUUCAUUUAAAGGUCACAAAAUGGUACUAACAUAAGACUGUUCACCAUUGUUGUCAUGGGCACUGGGUAAUAAAUGCCUUUGGCCUUGUGUAACCAGGUAUCAGUAGGUACACUAUAGCUGGGGCUAAAAAUAUAAUCUUUUCAACACAGAGUACUUGUGUUAAGUCCCCAAUCCAUGCAUGGUAGAAUGGGAAAAUAAAUGGCUAGGAGGGAGUACACUUGUCAGUGUGAAUGUGACAUGGCCCAUGGAGUUACACACAGACCCAGAUUAGGUUGUUGCUGUUGUACCAGGAACAGCCAUAUUCACCAGUUCCAGCAUAGCACAAUGGUCUUCCAUGACACAAACUGGUGGGGAUUUAUUCCAUGAUACAGUCAAUGAAACUGAUGUAAUCAAGAGUGAUGUGUUAAAAUAAGAUUGCAGCUGGCAUGAUUAUCAUAGAAAUCUGUUACACUUAGCAUGCUGAUGUAACUACAUUUAUGCAUUUUGUUGUAUGUGCUGUUGGCAACUACAUGUCUUCAGGUCUGGACUUCUAGAGAUUUUCAAAACAAACUUGUAACAUUCAGUGUCAGUGUGUUUUAUUGCUUUAUAUCUUACUUUGGAUCAUUAUUUUUGAGCCCCCUUGUACCUCUGAUAUAUUGAAGUAAAAAUACUCUAGAAACAAGAAGCUUUUUUCUUAAUCUUAGAGAAUUACCAUCAGCCAUUGCCUCCCAAAUGGCUUAAAACAUUGGUUAGCUCCAGAUCAAUGAAAGUUAGUUGUAAGUCCAAUGGAAUGCAUUGUAUCAAGUUAGUCAUGACUAACUUAAGUACCAUUACUUUCUGGGGCCUUAGUAGCUCUAAUAGGAUUGGGGCUGUUAAGUGCAAAAACCAUUCUGUCUCCAAGGUCCUUUGUUCAAAGCCUUAAUCAAACAAACUAGCUGGGGCCAUACUUGAGGAAGGCACUUCCAAGACUGCCUAACUGCAUGCUCUCUUUGAUAGAAUGGGGAAAUGGAUGAACUCAAAUUAUAUUCCUGUGUUAAAGGCUUUGCUUGAUUGUGGUUUAAAUCAUGGAAAUAAAGAGUAAAGCCAAUAAGAGAGCAAGAUUUUUAUAUGUAACAUUGUCACUGAUCAUGUUUAAAAUCAAGCUAACUUAAACCUGCUUAAUUUUUCAAAAUACUUUGAUUUGUCUUUUCCUGUAGUUUUUGAGGAAUACAUUAAAAGCUGACUCUAAAGUCACACACAUAAGGUGCUUACUUGGAAGCAGAUGUCAAAAAAACAUUGUAACUUCCAGAUGAAUGUGUUCAGGAUAGGAUGUACACCAAUAAUAUGACAUGUUCUCAUGAAUAUUGACUGAAUGAUAUAUACUGUAGUUAGAAUGUUGGUUUAGGGCUUGUGGGUUUUUUAAAUUAGCCUCAGUUUACCUGUUUGAGAAGUGGGUGAAUCCACCUACCUCACAAGGUGAUGUGAGGCAGAACUAUUGUUUGUGUGCUACUUGGACAAAGGUGCUAAUUAUUUUGCGUAUUUUCUGCUAAAUGUUGGAUUUGGGAAGUAUGUUUGGGAAGCAAGCCACAUUCAACUUUACUGUGAAGUUUUCAGGAGACAAAUGUGCUAAACUGAACAAGUAGACUUUAAGCACACUUCAUCAGAACUUAUGUUUUUCUCUGCUUGAGUAUAUCUUUUCUCAUUCUCUGUCAGUAUUAGAAAUUCAUGCUAGAUGUAUUAAUCACAAAAAUAGCUUUUUCAGGUAAAACCUAUUCUAAUGUAAACCUGUCUACUACAUGAGGUUGAUUUUGCUGAAAUAUAGAUGAAGUGAUGUAUUACCGUCUAAGAAAAAAGAGAGUAAAUUGACCAGCUGCAGUUCAAUGCAUUUGAGGAGUGAAAUAAUGUGUGGAAUUGUAAGAACUGCUGCCUUAGAUUAGGCAAGGAUCCAGCUAACCUUGCAUUCCAUUUCCAGCAGCGGCUAAUUGGAUGAAUCUGAAAGCUUGCAAGCUGCACAAAGGUGUUAGCUACACCCUGUUUACCUACAGCAUCUGAUUAUCGGAGGCAUACUAUCUCUGACCACAGAGAUUCCAUUUAGCUUUCAUGGGUAAUAACAGUUACAGACUUAGCCUUCAAGCCAUCUCAGGGCCAAACUAAUUGUGAUCCUGACAUACUCUUUCUGAUAUAACUUACACAUGGGAGGGCAGUGCUCUGAGGACCACAGUGGGGGGAAAUAGACUUGAAGCUCUCCUCCUGAUUGCCCCCUCAUGUGGUGUUGCAUUAGAAAGGGCAAGCAUCCCAGUGACAAUUGUGUGAUUAAAGUCUCUAGUUUGUCCAUAAGCUAGUUACUAUUUCUACACUUCGGUAGUGAAUUACAUGCUGUUUGUUUGUUGUGAAUCUACUAUCACUCAAUAACUUUGGGUGACCCUGAGUUCUAGUAUUUUGAGGGAAGAAAAAAAUAAUUGGCUUUCACCAUGUAACUUUAUGAAUCCGUUAAGUCUCCCCUUAGUUGUCCUUUCUAGCCCAGUCAUAAAGACUUCUCUUGCUAGGGAAGGUGCAACAUUUCAUUAAACUUCCAAUCAGAUAGACAAACCCUGCUGCAGCGAAUACUAGCACACAUGCAUUUGUCAUGACUGAAUAGUACAUCCUAUUUAUUUCAGAACUACUUUGCACAGAAAACUCAAGAGUGCUGGUCAAAAACUGGUCCCUAGGUCACAGUCCUACUUAAACAGAAAUUGUAUUAAUUGAAUUUUCAAUGUUUUAACAUCCUUUGUAUUAUGAUAAAAUUCUGUAUAUCUGCACUGUUAUUAAAAGCUAGUAUCUGCA